AUGGACGGCGAGAAGACGAUACCGAUUGCCAUUAUUGGCAUGGGCUGUCGAUUUCCUGGGGGUUGUAACACUCCUGAGCGCUUAUGGGAGCUGUGCGCCGAAGCAAAGAGUGCUUGGUCUGAGAUACCAAAAGACAGAUUCAACCCAUCAGCAUUUUAUCACCGCAAUGCAGAAAAGAAGGGAACAUUCACCACCUGCGGAGCCCACUUCCUCGACGAGGAUGUAUCGGAGUGGGAUGCAUCUUUCUUUAAUUUCACGAGUGAUAUGGCCAAGACCAUGGAUCCCCAGAUUCGACUUUUGCUAGAAACGGUGUUCGAAGCCCUAGAGUCGGGGUCGUGCUUCAUGGACUAUCACGACAUGUUGAUGAAGGACCCCGAGAGACUAUCGCGAUAUUUCCUGGCGGGGAAUAUGAUGACCUUCACGGCUAACCGCAUCUCCCACUUCUUCGAUCUAAAGGGUCCCAGCGUCAGUGUGGAUACAGCAUGCUCAACCGCCCUCACCGCGCUGCAUCUCGCAUGCCAGGCGAUUCGAAACGGGGAGGCAAAGAUGGGAAUUGUGGGGGGAGCAAACCUGCUUCUUCAUCCUACCACGUUUGUAGGCCUGUCGAGUUUGGGUCUCACAGGACCCGAUGGAAAAUCAUACAGCUUUGACAUGCGGGCUCAGGGAUACGGCCGUGGUGAGGGUGUUGCUAGCCUGGUGGUAAAGCCUCUCGAGGAUGCUCUGCGAGACGGUGAUCCGAUCCGCGCAGUGAUCCGCGAAACCGCCAUCAACCAAGACGGGAAAACACCCACAAUUACGUCUCCUUCUGCCAGCGCACAGGAGUCUUUAAUCCGUGCAUGCUACGAGCGGGCCGGGCUCGAUCCGCGAGACACCCCUUAUGUUGAGGCUCAUGGGACGGGCACUAUCUCCGGUGAUACGACUGAGAUGGCGGCGGUCGCUGCUGUGCUAGCUGCUAACCGUGAUCCAAACGACCCAUUGCGGGUAGGCUCUAUUAAAGCAAAUUUAGGCCAUCUUGAGGCGGCCAGCGGUAUGGCAGCUAUAAUCAAGGCUGUGAAAAUGCUCGAGGUUGCUCAGAUUCCUCCCCACAGCCUGUUGCAGAAUCUGAACUCUCGCAUAGAUUUCAAGGGUCUGAAUCUUGCGGUCCCUCGCACCCUUGAACCCUGGCCAGAGGGGCAAGCGAGACGAGUCUCAAUCAGCAACUUUGGAGCUGGCGGAGCCAAUACCCAUGUUAUCCUCGACGCACCUGAUUCUUUUAUAUCUAGCACGGAUCCGGAAACUGAGCUACCACUGAAUGGGAUACAUCCCACUCGCUUAGAUGACCGCCUCGUCGUCUCUCUCAGCGCCAAAGAUAAAACGAGUUUACGAACCGCCAUGCGCUCGCUGGCAGAAUACUUGGCUCAAGCACCAGCUAAGUGGACUCUGAAUGACGUGGUGUAUACCCUGAACGAACGCCGGUCGAAUUUCCCGUGUAGAGUUUCUCUCACCGGGUCAAGCAUUGACGAGAUCCGGACUGCGCUGGCCCACGACGGGGUACCUGUCAUUCAGACUAGCUCUAGCCCACGCCUCGGAUUUGUGUAUACAGGCCAAGGUGCGCAGUGGUUUGCCAUGGGUCGUGAACUAGUCGAGAGAUAUCCAGUUUAUCGCGAAAGCCUUGAGAGAUCGGAGAUGAUCCUCGCGAAGCUGGGGAGUUCGUGGAGUCUGACAGAGGAGCUACAAAGAGACGAGCAAGAAACUAGGGUCAAUGACCCAGCGUUCUCUUUUCCGCUUUCUGUUGCUGUCCAGAUCGCCCUGACUGACCUGCUAGUCUCCUGGGGACUUCGACCAGCAGCCACAACUGGCCACUCGAGUGGAGAGAUUGCGGCUGCAUAUUCUGCUGGGGCUCUCAGCCACGAGCAGGCAGUCGGCAUCUCUUAUCUCCGAGGUAACCUUAUGGGGCGGUUCAUUGAAGAGUCUCAUAUGCAGGGGGGUAUGAUCGCUCUCGGACUGGGCAAAGAAGCGGCCACCACACUGCUACAAGAGGUCACUUCAGGGAUGUUGAGUAUCGCUUGCAUCAACAGCCCUUCUAGUGUCACUGUGUCCGGGGACAUCUAUGCAAUUGAAAAAUUAGAAGCCCUUUGCGAGCAGAGAGGAGUUUUCAAUCGCCGUGUUAAGGUCAAGGCAGCGUAUCAUUCCCCGCAUAUGGAGAUGGCCGCUUUGGCUUACUUACUGGAGCUGGAGAGACACAUUCGGGUUCCCAAUGGCGAGUUAUCCGACAUCAUCCUCCUAUCCCCGGUCACUGGGGAUGUUAUCGAGUCCGCAGUGAAACUAGGACCUCGACACUGGGUUCGAAACAUGGUCCAAUGUGUUCUGUUUGAGGAUUGUCUGAGUAAGAUGAUUCUCCGGGGGGAUGAUCCCGUCAGGCAGGUUGAUAUCCUCGUGGAGAUCGGGCCCCACGGGGCUCUGGCGGGGCCAAUUCGUCAGAUCUUGUCGCAACCCAACUUCAGCUCCCAGGGGAUCAAAUACACAUCCUGCCUCACCCGCGGACAGAAUGCGGUAAAGACUGUACAAGACGUCGCAGCAUUCCUGUAUUCCCAUGGAUCUCCAGUCUCGCUGCGUGAGGUCAAUGCUCAUUGCAAGGGUCGUGUUAUGCCAGGUCUACCGAGGUAUUCCUGGAACCAUACGAACCGAUACUGGACAGACUGUCUGCAGCUACAGGAGUUCUGUCAGAGGCAAUAUCCCCGUCAUGAUAUCCUAGGCGUCCGUGUCGAAGGGCUGAAUCCCGAGACCGCGGUUUGGCGCAAUUACGUAUCGACUGCUGAUUUGCCCUGGCUAGUUGAACACACACUGCAGUCAGACAAUCUAUUUCCAGCUGCCGGGUUCAUGGUCAUGAUUCUGGAAGCCGCCCAGCAAUUCAUUACUACUAAGCCUGAGUCAUUAGAUCGCGUUGUCGUGAGCAACUUGGAAAUCUCGAACGCAAUGGUCGUCCCCGACAGUCCGAAAGAAUUGCCAACCCAGGUAUGCUUACGCCCGGUGAGCUGUCGAGAACUGGCCACCGACGGCGCGACCUACGAAUUCUCCAUAUACUCGCAGCAGUCAGUGGGACAAUGGAUUAAACAUUGCUGUGGUCGAGUCAGUUCGGAGCCUCAUUCACCACUUGGACUUGUGCACGCCCAGAACCGCGUACUAUCGUCAUCAGUUGACGUAGCAGAGUACUAUAGGUACCUUGCGAAAGUCGGACCUACAUUCGGCCGUUCAUUCCAGAAUAUUAUCUCUCUUGAUGUCGGCGAUAUGCAUGCCUCAGCCGUCAUAGAGAUUCCGGACACACCCUUGAUGACGAUGUCCUCAGCUCACCCCCAGAAGGCCUGGGCCCAUCCAACGGUUGUAGAUGCAUUCUUCCAUGUCGCAUAUGCGGCUGUGCCAAAGGAGCAGAUGCUGCAGCUCGGACCUUCUGUCCCAACCCUGCUUGAGGGUGUCUCCAUGUCCACCUCUAUCGAGACCUCCGCGAAGAACAGACUUCGCGCUGAUGUGCAGGUGCUGGAACUCGAUGGGCGAGGAUUUACGGUGCGACUAUCAAUCUUUGACGCGGACAACGUCGGCAGUCCUCCGAUCUUCUAUAUUAGCAGUCUCCACAUCCAGUCGUUGGGUCUUGCAACGCGCAACGGAGAAGACGACCCGGGACAUUCCGCAGUUCAGUUCUUCCAUACUGUCUGGAAACUGGAUUGCUCCAUGCUAUCAGGGUCCGAUCUGGCAAAUGCAGUCACACAUAGCUGCUCUUCAGAGGCAAGCGGGUAUAGCUCGCCGUCGUUGGGAAGUCGGGAUCUGGAAAAUCCGAUUACCAUCAUCGAGCACGAUAGGCCCCCGGAGCAAAAUGGGAUCGAGAAAGGAAUCUACACCAUGGUUACACAAAACGAUCUUACAAACGCCAAAAGCCUUUGCGCCGUGCAUAGCCUGAACGAUGAAAUGCAUCAUCAGCCUACUCGCACUUACCAAGAGGGCUACGUUCAAUCUCUCAAUCAGCUCAAGGAGUUUCUCAUUCUGUGGGUACACAAGUACCCACGCAGCCGAAUCUUGCAGACUGGCUUGUAUGACGAUGACAGCUUCAUAUUGAGUGUUCUUGAAGGCCUCUCUCAGGGUAAUGAUGGUUCACGACUUGUGGUUGACCAUCUCACCGUCAUCGGGCGCGAUCGCAAUUUGUCUUCUUCACCGUCUGAUAGCCUCGACUCAAUUCUUGAACGACACAAGGACCAGAUGCAGCUUAUCCAGCUGAAUAUAUCUGAGGACCAACAACUGCUCACCGAAGCAGUCGAUGAAGACAGUUUCGAUCUAGUCAUUGCCGCCUUCGCACCAGACUACUUUGAGAACGCAGAAGCAGCCCUUGAAAAUAUCCACGCCCUGCUCAAGCCCGGCGGACGCCUCCUUGUGCUACAGGAAAUUGGGGGUGUACGACCCCUGCUAUCUGAUGUCGUACCUGCCAAUCAUGCAAGCAACCUCACAGGGCCUUUAACGCUCGCAGAAUGGAGCUGGAGGGAACUGCUCUCGAAGACCAAGUUUGCGCAACCACAUGUGGUGAUUCCGAACCCGCACGAGGCAAAGCAGAGCACGCACUCCCUUAUUCUGUCUACUCGUCCAGAGCUUCAACUCCCGGCUCGAAAAGUACCGAAAAGCGGCUCAGCGUGCAUUGUCCACUCCAUCUCCAAGGGUUCAAAUGCGGAUCAGUGGCUCGAGGAUUUACUGGCCGUGAUUUGCGCGGCCUCCGCAGGAGAGAUAUCUACACAUCGACUUGACGAGCUACCUAGUGAUCAAGUCUAUGAGACUUGUAUCUUCCUUGACGUUGACGAACCCGUACUCCAGGGUAUGGACGAGAAACGCUUUGAUGCCGUAAAAGCCUUCGUCGAAUGCGCUACUACAAUGACCGUGUGGGUAUCACGGGGGGGGGUGAUGGAAUGCACGGAUCCCGCGCAGGCAAUCCACAUUGGUCUGCUGAGGACAUUGCGGCUGGAAAAUGAGACGAAGCGGUACAUCUCCCUGGACCUCGAUCCCCACCGAGCAUCAUGGUCGAGCGAGACGAUUUCGGUUGUCAGCAGGAUCUACCAGCAUCUUGUGAGCUUGCCGCUGCUGGAAAAUGGCGAAGCAGAGUAUGAGCUCGCCGAGCGGCAGGGCCAGAUCUACGUACCCCGACUGGUGGAGUCUGUUGACAACGCUACACAUUAUCAUCGUCUUUCGUCGACUCCAAAGAUAGAAACAGCGAGACUCCCUGUUUAUUCAGCGAACACGGAAGCGCCGCUUAUAGCCCAUGUGCCUGGCCGCCUAGAAAGCCUGGCCUUUUCGGAAGUCCACAGCUCCGCGACGUUAUCGUCGCGCGCACCGGAAGAUGAUGAGCAAGAAUAUCUGGAGAUACAGCCACAGGCCUUCGGAAUAAACCAACAGGAUGUCUCUGAAGCAACUGGUCAGUCGCAUAAUAGUAUGCAUCCCGGCACAAUGGGUCUUGAAUGCGCAGGAGUCGUGACCAAAAUAGGCAGCAUUGCUGGCAGGACAUUCAAGCUGGGUGACCCCGUACUUGCCCUUCUACCACUGGGUCGGAUUUCAAAUCGAGCACUGGUCCACUGGAAGAACGUCGCUCUUAUGCCAACAGGGAUGACUUUUGAGUUGGCAGCGUCCAUCCCGGUGCCCUUCGUGACGGCUUACCAUGCCCUGAUAAGGAUUGCUCGGUUGGCUCAGAACGAGUAUGUUUUGAUCCAAUGUGCCGCUGACGGUCUUGCACAGGCUGCGAUUUCUAUUGCGCAGCAUGCAAAGGCUAGGAUUCUCGUCGUGGUGCAGUCUGCCAGAGCACGAGAUGUGUUGAUGCAAGAUGGCAUGCACGGGCUUGCAGAAGAUCAGGUCAUUCAGGCGCCCGCACCCCAUCUCAAGUCGACUGUUUACAAGUAUACACACGGCAGAGGUGUAGAUGUGGUUUUGAACUCCUUUUCCGGUGUGCAGCUCCAAGCUGGCCUGGACUGUUUGGUUGACUGUGGACGGUUCGUGGAGCUUGGGCAGACGGACGCGCAGCAGAACAAUCUUUUGGACAUGAAACACUUCACCAGAGGUCUCUCCUUUACCUCGGUGGACAUUGGUCACCUCGCUACCCGACAGCCGGAAGUGCUCUCGGAGGCGUUUCGGAAGGUCAUCGAGUUGAUUCAUCAGAAGCUUAUACAUCCUCAAACGGCGGUUCAUGUCUACCAAUCAAGUGAGGUCCACUCUGCAUUUGGUGACCUGCAAAACAGCAAGAAUAAAGGGAAAACAGUGCUCGCGAUGAAUUACGAUGCUGAUGUUCCGAUGCUCAAGCGACCCAAACGACUUCAACUCCCUUCCUCAGCGGCCUAUCUAAUCGUAGGUGGAUUGAGCGGCAUUGGCCGUGAGAUAGCAAAGUGGAUGGCCGCCAGGGGCGCCACUCACCUCGUCCUACUUUCACGAAAUGCUGAGAGCAAUGACAACGCAGACUUGGAAGCCACUUUGGGUACUCAUGGUACAUUCUAUGAGAUAAGAAACUGCGAUGUCAGUAGUGAGCAACAGCUUCAGGCUCUCUUCGCAGAGUAUGCCGGCCGCUGGCCCCCCAUCAAAGGCGUGAUCCAAGCCGCUGGCGUUUUACGAAACUCCGUAUUUAGCAACAUGACUUACCAGCAGUGGACGAGCGCAAUCGAUCCCAAGGUAAGAGGGACUCAAAAUCUAGCUACCCAGCUAGCAAAGUAUCCGACCCUGGAUUUCUUUAUCAUCCUCUCUUCGGCAACGGGCGUGGUGGGCAGCCCCGGGCAGGGGAACUAUGCUGCGGCCGGUACAUACCAGGAUUCCCUGGCUUGUCAGCUACGCAGUCAGGGGAUCCCGGCUGUCUCUGUAGACCUGGGCAGUGUUCUUGAGACUGGCAUGGCUGUUCGUGCUGGGGCGUUGGCAAGACUGGAACGAGCAGGUUACCACGCGCACUCGAUUCAGGAAGUCCUCUACAUUCUGGAAUCGGUCCAGCUUCAUGGCUCUCAUCCUUCGCAGAUCGUCCCGGGUAUUGCCGCCUGGUCGGAUAAUGCGGAUCUGCCAUGGCGUCGGGAACCUCGGUUCGACGCAACGCGGGCAGCCGAGACCCCGGGCCACGCUGAGGGAGGGCAGACCGAAGGAGGAGGGGGAGGAGGAGAUACCUCUUCUCCUAGAGCGCGAAUUGAGAGCGCGAGGUCGGCGGAGGAGGUUCUCGAAAUCAUCGUCAAUGUGAUCCAGGGUCGACUGGCAUUUACAUUCAUGCUCGAGGAAGCUGAUAUUGAUAAUCAGAAGUCUUUGUUGGACUACGGCCUAGACUCUCUGGUCGCAGUCGAGCUGCGCAAUUGGUUGACAACCCAUGUUUCGCCGGGCAUCAGUGUCUUCGACAUAAUUCAGAGCCAAACGCUGCUUCAUUUGGCGCAGAAGGUUGUUGAAAAGUAUAACGCGCAAUAG